CCCAGCUCAUGAUGAUCACCGAGAGGCGCAGCCCGAGGAGGGGGAGAGGGGCCAGGUGGAAAAACGCAAGUGGGAUUCCUGUCCCUGGGCCACGCGUGAGCCUCAAGCGGCAUCCUGGCUGGAGCCGCCAGCCUUGGCCGUGGGGACUCGGAGCAAGAGCAGGAGGCGCAGGCAGCGCGUGGGCCCGGCCUGUGCUCGCCGGCACCGGGAAUGUGCUCUGGGCAGGAGGCAGCCCAGAGCCAUCAUGGAGGAGAAGAGCUGGGAGUUUGGCCUCUGCCCUGUUACCGGCUCUUGUGCUUUCAAGGGAGCCCUGAUGAGCUCAUACUGGUGCUCGGGGAAAGGUGAUGUUAUCGAAGACUGGUGCAGGUGUGACCUCAACGCCUUCGAUGAGAACGGACUCCCGAACUGCAGCCCUCUCCCUCAGCCUGUUCUGCGGCUCUCCCCUACCGUGGAGCCCUCCAGCACGGUGGUCUCUUUGGAGUGGCUGGAUGUCCAACCCGCAAUCGGAACCAAGGUGUCUGACUACGUCCUGCAGCACAAGAAGGUGGAUGAGUACACGGACACGGACCUCUACACAGGAGAAUCCUUGAGCUUUGCAGAUGAUUUGCUUUCUGGCCUUGCAACCUCCUGUGUGGCAGCAGGAAGGAGCCAUGGAGACGUCCCUGAAACCAGCCUCUAUUCAGUCAUUUUCAAGUGCCUGGAACCAGAUGGUCUGUACAAAUUUACCCUAUAUGCAGUGGAUACACGAGGGAGACACUCGGAGCUGAGCACGGUCACCCUGAGGACAGCCUGCCCGCUGGUAGAUGACAGCAAGGCAGAAGAGAUAGCUGACAAAAUUUACAACCUCUACAAUGGUUAUACCAGCGGGAAGGAGCAGCAGACAGCCUACAACACGCUGAUGGAGGUCUCCGCUUCCAUGCUCUUCCGUGUCCAGCAUCACUACAACUCCCAUUAUGAGAAAUUUGGCGACUUCGUCUGGCGCAGUGAGGAUGAGCUGGGGCCCAGGAAAGCACACCUGAUCCUGAGGAGGCUGGAGAAGGUCAGCAGUCACUGCUCGACCCUCUUGCGCAGCGCCUACAUCCAGAGCCGCACGGAAACCAUGCCCUACCUGUUCUGCCGCAGCGAAGAGGUCCGGCCGCCCAGCAUGGUCUGGUACAGCGUCCUGAAAGACACCAAAGUCACGUGCGAGGAGAAGAUGGUCUCCAUGCUGCGCAACACGUACGGAGAAUCCAAGGGGCGGUGAGGGACCGUGGGGCCUGGAGCUGCGGGAGGUGCCGGCGCUCCGAGGAGUCCAGGGCUCGGGAAACGCUGAG